AUGCCAAGCUAUGCUAAGUUCAUGAAGGAUCUAGUGACCAAGAAGCGCAGGCUCGGGGAGUUUAAAAUAGUGGCUCUGACUGAAGAAUGCAGUGUUAUUCUGCAGAACAAACUCCUGCCCAAGUUAAAGGAUCCAGGAAGUUUUACUAUUCCAUGCUCUAUUGGAAACCAAUACUUUGGUAGAGCAUUGUGUGAUUUGGGAGCGAGCAUAAACUUGAUGCCGAUGUCAAUAUUCAAGAGGUUGGGAAUUGGAGAAGUAAGGCCGACCACAAUAUCUUUGCAGCUGGCGGACAGGUCAAUUGCAACCCCUAAAGGAAAGAUCGAGGAUGUACUGGUAAGGGUGGACAAGUUCAUUUUUCCUGCCGACUUUAUUAUUCUUGAUUAUGAAGCAGACAUAGAAGUGCCCAUAAUUUUGGGGAGGCCCUUUCUUGCAACUGGCUGCACCUUGAUUGAUGUUCAGAAAGGAGAAUUGACCAUGAGGGUGCAAGACGAACAGGUCACAUUUAAUGUGUUCAAGGCAAUGAGGUUCCCGAGUGAAAUGGAGGAGUGCUCAGCCAUCUCAGUUAUUGACGCUCGGGUGGCAGAAACACUUGAGCAUGAUAACUUCGAGAGUAAUGUGGAAGGAGGCGUUGAGCAAGUAGAGUGGGUGGGAGCACAUGUGACAAUGCCGAGCUACACAAGGAAGUUUGAGUCUCUGGACUUGACUGAACGGGAACACCAGCCCACUCAGCCCUCAAGCAAAUAG